CUUUUAUAAAAAGGUUCUAAAGCAACCACUGGUUGACUUUUUUCUCUUCCUAAUACUAUAUUAAAUUAUUUCAAAAGACUGUUUGGCUGUCCUUGUACGAUAUAUAAGGAGAUAGCCACUUUAAAAAAAAAAAGCAGUAAAUACCACGCCAGAAUUAGUAACCAUGGGAGCUAGACAUUCACGACAAAAUCAAAAAAAUACAACUGCAGCAGAUCAGACGUUCGUUCAUAGUAACUCUUCCUCUUGUUCUUCUGCAAGAGACUCAAUAACACGCACAAGAUCAAUGACUAAUUCAGUCAUGGUGGAAGGACGGCAAUAUCAUCAGGAGGAAGCUAGUACUUAUGGAUUGCCUAAAGAUGAAAUCGAACAAGACAGACUAAAUUCAGUAAGAAGAAAUAAAAGAUGGCCCACCAUCAUCAUUCAAACGGCUGAUGACCUCUGCCUUUUUUUUUAAUAAUAUAUAUUAUAAUACAUGCACACAGCAACACUUCUCCAUAAAAGCAUUGUUUGACGGAAAUAUACUCUCUUCUGUACUAAAUCGAUUGCCACCCAACGCUCAAGUGCUCGACCUUGGUUGUGGAUCAGGAUGUUGGGUCAUGGACAUGGCUAUCGACUACCCUCAUUUUCAAUUUAUCGGUGUGGAUAUGGCUGAUAUGUUCCCAACUGCAAUUCGACCUGAGAAUGUCAAAUUUCAGUUACAAAACAUCUUACAAGGAUUACCUUUUCCUGAUAACACCUUUGAUUUUGUUCACAUGCGAUUGUUGAUCAUUGCUUUUCAAAAAAAGGAUUGGCCUUGGGUGUUAUCUGAAAUUUAUCGGGUGCUUAAACCAGGUGGCAUUGUGCAACUUAUGGAAUCGGAUUUCACGGAAAAGACAAAUGUACCGAUCGUAGAAAAAUUCAAUAAUGAAUUUAUCAAAGCUAUGUUAGAUCUCGAACAAGAUCCAUGGAUAGGCUCUAAAUUGAGUCAUUUGUUGGAAGAACAGAACUUCCAGGUUGUAGAAUUGAAAGAGAAAUAUCUGGAUUACAAAUUACCUCUAAAUCCAAUAUCAAAAGAAAUGCUGACCAAUUGGAAAGAUGCUAUGCUUUCUAUAAGACCCAUGCUAGCUCAUCGGUUCGAAUCAGCUGAUUACAAUGCAGUCGUAGAUCAGUAUAUUGAUGGCAUUACACAAGCGGGAUGGAAAGUCAAAUUAUGGGCACUUUGUGGCCAGAAAAAGGAAUAAAAUACAAAAGUUGUGUAGUUUUGUAGGCAUACACAAACAAACAUUCUAGUGUCGAAGAAAAAAAGCUAAAAUGCGAUAAAGUUUUUUUCUUUGUUUUACACACGUUUUGAAAGCUUUUCAACAAACAUACCUUCAUACGUUGGCAGCUUUUUUGUUACAACUUUUCAUUCAGUUUCAUUGUUAACUUUUAUGUAAUAUACAAGGGGAAAGCUAUGCAAUGAUGACUUAAGGGAAAAAAAGGGUCAGAAAAGAUCUCCACUCGAUUACAUAAUAACCAAUAAAUAUGAUUUGCUUUGUUCUUGAAUAUGUAAAAUGAUGAAAAAAAUUUUAAGACAUAGCCAAUCAAUC